AUGUAUCAUCAUCAAGGGAAGAACAUGCACUCUUCUUCAAGAAUGCCAAUCCCCUCUGAGAGGCACAUGUUCCUUCAAACAGGAAACGGGUCUGGUGAUUCUGGACUUGUUCUCUCAACUGAUGCUAAGCCACGAUUGAAAUGGACGCCGGAUCUUCAUGCCAGGUUCAUAGAAGCAGUGAACCAGUUAGGUGGAGCUGACAAAGCAACUCCAAAAACAGUAAUGAAACUCAUGGGGAUUCCAGGUCUUACUUUAUAUCAUCUGAAGAGCCAUCUGCAGAAGUACAGAUUGAGCAAGAAUUUGCAUGGACCAAAUAACACUGUAACACACAAAAUCACAGCAACAAAUGUGGGGGCAACAACAAGUGAAAGAUCACUUUCAGAACCCAGUGGAACUCAUAUGAACAAGUUAAGCCUUGUCCCACAGACUAACAACAGAGAUUUACAUAUAAGUGAGGCACUGCAGAUGCAAAUUGAAGUGCAGCGAAGGCUAAAUGAACAACUUGAGGUACAAAGACACUUGCAGCUUCGGAUAGAGGCACAAGGAAAAUACCUGCAGUCUGUGCUAGAGAAAGCUCAAGAGACACUUGGUAGACAAAAUUUGGGAAUGGUAGGACUUGAAGCUGCUAAAGUUCAACUAUCAGAGCUGGUGUCCAAGGUCUCCUCCCAGUGCUUGAACUCGGCAUUUUCAGAGCUGAAGGAACUACAAGGAUUUUGCCCCAAGCAACCACAAACCAACCAGCCAAAUGAUUGCUCAAUAGAUAGUUGCCUCACAUCUUGUGAAGGGUCACAGAAGGAGCAAGAGAUACAGAAUGGUGGGAUAGGUUUAAGGCACUUAAAUGGCCAUGGCCAUGCAUUCAUGGAAAGAAAGGGAGGCACAGAAGCUCCUAAAUGGAGUAAUGAAGUGAAAAACAACACCUUUCUAGCUCCAUUAGGCAAGAAUUCAGAAAGAAGUAGCUAUGGUGCAGAGAGAAGCAGUGGAAACUUGUCUAUGAGCAUUGGACUUGAAAGGGAAACUGAGAAUGGAAGCAGCAUGUACACUGAGAGUCACACUCACACAGAUGGUGAGUUCUGGCACAGAAACAGCAAUAGGACAGAACCAAAGAAUGAAGCAAUGGAUGGAGGAAGAGGUUCCCAUGAUUAUAGGUUGCCUCCUCCAUACUUUUCAGCAGCAAGAUUGGACUUAAACUCACAUGGGGAUAACAAUGAAGCUGCAACAACAACAACAAGCUGUAAACAACUGGACUUGAACAGAUUCAGUUGGAGCUGAUGAGAGGCCUAACUAACUAUGGAUACAAACAGAGAAGAAUAAUGGUUCUUCAAGAUUUGAUUCAGCAUAAGUUGGAGGAUUGUAGGAACAGUGUGUUAUUAUUUUGCAAUAUCAUCUGGUCUCUCUUUGAAUCCAACAAGUGGCCAAAUAUAUAUUUAUAUGUCUUUGUUAACUGAAUGAA